AUGAAAUCACAAAAGGGAGUGGAGGACAGUCAGCGAGUACGUAGGCGCCGUCAUGUUGUCCACAGAGAGCGCACUGAUUCCGCCAGCUCCAGCUCCAUCUAUUUCACUGCCAGCCAGGGCAUGGCCAGCACAUAUGAAGAGACCAGCGAAGGAGGUUACUCCACAGCAUAUGCUGAGUCAGACUACACAGACCGGGACACAGACAGAGAAGAGCAGGAGCCUGAGCAGGAGCCUGAGCAGGAGUCUGAGCAGGAAUCUGAGGAGGAUGAAGACAGGAGUUGUGCCACAGUCCUAACCCUCCGCCGGGAAGACUCUCAGGAGGAGGAGGUGGAUGAAGGUAGAGAGCUGGAGGAGGAAGAAGAUGAUCAGGGGAGGCUGCAACUGGUGACUGAAGUUCCCAGUGGGGAGCUGGCUCUCCUUCUGGCGCAGAGUGACAUCCUCCACACAGGAGAUGCCAGUUUAAAGGCAGAGGGCUUUCGACUCCUGCUGGACAACAGAACAGAGUAUGGAGACAGCAGGGAGUUUCUAUGGAGACUGGCUCGGGCCUACAUUGAUGUGUAUGAGUCCACUGAGGACAAGCAAAAGAAGAUGAUAUAUGCACAACAAGGUCGUAUGGAGGCAGAGCUGGCCCUGAAGAAGAAUGGCCUUAACGCUGAGUGUCACAAAUGGUUUGCUGUGCUGACAAGACUGAGCUCCCAGUAUGAGGGCAUGCAUGGCAAGCUGAAGAGCAGCCUCUUACUGAAGGAGCAUCUGGAACGUGCUAUCUUCCUCAGAGAUGAUGACCCCAUGUGUUUCUACCUGCUGGGUAGAUGGAGCUAUGAGGUAGCCACCCUGGACUGGAUUGAGAGCAAGGCGGCUGCUGCCCUCUACCACAGCCCCCCCUACUCCACCCUACAUGACGCCCUUGAGAACUUCCUCAAGGCAGAGGAACUCAGUCCAGGUUUCUCCAAGACUGUGAGACUUUACAUUGCAAAGUGUCACAAGGAACUGGGAAACAUAUCGGAGGCCACAACCUGGACUCAGCUGGCUCUGAACAUGACCACUAACAGUGACAACGAUGAAGAAUCAUCCAAACUGGAAGCUCAACUUGUGGUCUUAACUGACGGAGCAACUGAACAAUUCAUUUCGACUGAGGUCUGCCAGAUGGAGUCUGGCUAGUCAGGCCACCCUUCUGUGAUCAUUCGGCCCAAUGUGCUUUACAAAAGGCACAAUCAUUUUCUUUUCCUUCAAUUGGUGGAUAUCUUUGUUAUGCUGUCACUGUAAAAUUAAGUUUUUUAAUGUUGAUUUAUUUCCUGCUGACUUUACUAUGCUUCAUUGAAUCAGUAUUAGUAAUUAAUAUAUAUUUUUGUGUACAUGGUAUCUAUUAUCUGUUAACUAUAUGCCUAGAAGUCAUUGAUUUAACACAGGUCAUUUUAUUUUUCAGCACCAUAAUGUGAAUGCAACAGAAUAUAUUCACCCAAAUAACCAAAAAGCUUAUAUUUGAACUUCCCUUUAGUAAUUCAUAGUCAUUGAGCUAUCUCAAGGACCAGACAAAUGAAUCCAUUUUACACAGCUAGAUACCAGAGGUAAGGUCAUUUUAAUUUAUUCUUUAGUUACAGACAAUUAGUCUGAUUUAAGGUACCUACGUGUGGUGGCUUUUAACAUAGGGAUCAAUACGACUCAGUGUCAGAGUGCCACAGUGGAACAAGAUUCACACUAGUCAAACAAUUUUCCACUACAGACACUGAAUAUUUAGUAAUAUGCGAUGGUAAAAUUAUUUGGAGGCAGGAUUUUUUUAAUGGAGUAGUCUGGUUGUGACUGUGCAAAGUAUCCUAAUGUUUUUGAUUUUACACUUGUUCCAGAAGUGAAACUACCGAUGAAUUAUUUGAUCGAGUCAUCAGUUUAUCAUCUGACAUCACUUUAGUUGUACUAUUAAAGUACUAGUUUCUAUUCCCUGGAAUUUAUUUAUUUAUUUAUUACUUUUGAAAAUACUUUUGCUGUGAGUUAACAAGGGAUAUAAGAAGUGAU